CGAAAAAAUUCUUCAUAUAAAUACACGCAUUGUUAACGCAAACAACAUUUAUCCAUCAGUAGCUUCCCAGACAGCAGAUCGCGCAGAAAACAUGAUCAUCAGAUCCAAAAUGUUGAGGAUCAUCGCUUUGGCUGUCUGCUUAGCCGUCGUUGCCUCAGCCCACAAAUCUAAAGGAGAUCACGGCCAUAAGCGGAAGCACGUGGGUCAUCACAAGAACCACCACCACCACCAUCACCGUCAUAACCACCACAGUAACCACCACUAUCACUACCGGCCCAAGUACAGGUACGAGUACGGCGUGAAGGACGACGAAACGGGGGACCACAAGAGCCACUGGGAGCUCCGUGAUGGGAAUGCUGUGCACGGAGAGUACCAUAUGGACGAAGCGGAUGGUACCUUCCGGCAGGUUUGGUACAAAUCGGACAAAAACAAGGGAUUCAUGGUUCACGUCAAGCGGUCCGGGAGCGCGCAGCAUCCACACGGACUGAGUUACGUGAACGUAGAACGGGACUACGAGCUGCAGUCAGUGAAAAUUCCUGAUCUGAGAAACGAAUGAGUGUCUCAAAAGCUUACUGCCACGAUGUGUUUGUGUAUCUAGUUGUAUUCAAAGCGCCCUCCGGUAGGUAACUUAGUAAGGAAGAACGAAUUAUUUAUUUACGUUUAUUGUUAGUGGUUAUAACGAAAUAAAAAGUU